GGGAUGAGCACUAUCAUAGGCGAUCCUUACCAAGUUAACACCUAGUCUUUGUCCAGUGCAAUUGGAGAACCCAAUGCCAUUUGUGGAAGCAUGCUCUAUUCAUCGUCAGCAUAAGUCACAUCUGUUGAGGAACUCAGAAUCAAAUGCGUCAUCACACCCUUUCUUUUCGUUUGUCAGCCGAAAGUGAGGGAGGAUAAGUGAUGAGAUUUUUCAGUAGUUUGGGAAACGACGAACAAGAACCGACAUGGCAUUCACAGACAAUGACGAGCCAGCAGACUCGCUGGCUGUUCUAAUUUCCAGUCAUCUCACCGAAGCCCCUUAAUUGCAUUUUCAGAGGCACAGUAGUGCAUUUUUCACAAUCUGAUUGGAAGUCGAAAGGCGGAACCCAACAAAUUAUUCAUUUCUAUUAAGAUGGGAACCGUACCUUCAUGCUGCAGAGCAUCUGAGUCCUCGAGGUCUCGGGUACGAACCAGGCAGCUGCGUUUUUUGGCCACAGACCAAUUUGUGAAGUCUUUAAGGCGACUACGGCUGCGAAAAAGACUUAAGAUCGUAGGAGCAGAUAUGUCUACUAAAUUUCUGCGGAGAGGGAUUCCAGUGAAGGACAAUGUAUUACUAAGUAAGUCAGAUAGAAAGUUGGAAAGCAAUUAUUUUGGGAUUUUACCUGUAUUACCAGAUGAUGUUGCUUUGCAAUGCCUUGCAAGAGUUCCUCGGAUGUAUCAUCCUGUGCUUCGUUGUGUAUCCAAAUCAUGGUGUCAAUCAAUUGAUAGCCGGGAGUUCUUGGAGCAAAGGCAGUUGCUUGGUUGCUCUGAGGAUUGGCUUUAUCUUCAUGUUGGGACUUCACCUCACUUGGACGAAAGGAAUGUAGGGAAGAGAAAUAGAUGGCAACUUGUUGGUGGCUACAGUCAAUGGCAUGCACUGGAUCCUCAGAGAUAUAAAUGGUACACACUUCCACCAAUACCGUAUGAUCAAGCUGUUACUGGGGGGCAAGUAGUCUUGGGAGCUGCUUCAGCUGUUUUGCAUGGAAAGCUUUAUGUGAUUGGAGGUGCUCCUUUUGGGAAAGCAGCAAUUAGGGAUGUGUGGACUUAUGAUCCAAGGAAGAACAAGUGGAGAAAGGGAGCAUCAAUGUCAACUCCUCGCUUUGCUGGCCUGGUAGGAGUCAUCAAAGACAAGUUGUAUGUAGUGGGAGGUUCAGGAAUGUGUCACCUCACAGGCUAUUCCAUCCCUUGCUUGGAAGUUUAUGAUCCCAUUACCAAUAAAUGGCAGCAUGCAGCAAGUGCACAAGAGGCAGUUACUGAGCAUCCUUUCAAUCCGCUUAAACACUCAGCUGUGUUGGAGGGAUAUUUGUGUGUAACAGGGCCACAGAAUGUUAAUGGGAGCAUGAAUGGGGGCAUGUAUGAUCCUCUUACAGACAAAUGGUCAGAGAUAAAACCUGGCUUACAUGGUGGAUGGGGUAAGCCGAGCACUGUUAUGGAUGGUAAGCUCUACAUUGUUGAUUUUGGUUGUUACAAGCAAUACGUUCCAGAAGACGACUGUUGGGUGCCUGUAAAAUGCGAGACUGAAGAUUUACUCUUGGGGUGGGAUCCGAGACUGAUUUUGGCAAUGUCCAGCAGCAUAGAAAAACUCUACGUGGUGGGAACUAUGGGAUCUGCACUCAUAGUGAUGGUUGUUCCUGUCAAGAAUAGCAAGAUCGGUCAGAGUAUUAGAUGGCAUAUGAUGAAGAUUCCUAGUGGUAUAGAUUUCUUGGGUGACAUGGGGUAUUGCUCUUGCCAGAUACUUGCAUAUUAACAUUGAUUGCAGUCCUUUGGAAUCUCAAAUAUGGGUUGUCCUGCAAUUUGUAUUUUCUUAUGAUUCUAACCUCCAGUGUAAAAGCUCGCAAUUGAAAUGUGAGCUUGGAAGUCCUAAUACUCUUCUGGCUUCACCUGGAAAAGGUCUUUGCCAUGUAUAAUGUAUUUUCCAUCUGUGCUAAUGCUCUGCUGUGUUGUGAAAAGAAUGAACAUACAUAGCUGCAGUUAGUCCAGAUCAACUUUGUAAAUAUGCGCUGUUCAUAAUCAAAGUAUGUGUUUAUUUAUGAUUAACAA